ACAAUAUUGUGCACGUACCAAGUCAAGACCUAUGAAGAGAGAGAUUAUGUGACUAUUCAGGACACUGAAGUGAUAUACGUGUGAGCGAGCGAUCUGCGAGUCUGAUAAAACAUGGAUGAAGAGCCAGAGAAAACCAAGCGAUGGGAAGGUGGCUAUGAAAGAACAUGGGAGGUGCUUAAGGAAGAUGAGUCUGGGUCCUUGAAAGCCACAAUUGAUGAAAUUCUUUUCAAAGACAAAAGAAAAAGGGUCUUUGAGCAUCAUGGCCAAGUUAGACUAGGAAUGAUGCGCCACCUUUUUGUUGUAAUUGAUGCAUCAAGAACAAUGGAAGAUCAAGAUUUGAAACCUAACAGACUUACAUGUACUUUGAAGCUAUUGGAAUAUUUUGUGGAUGAAUACUUUGAUCAAAAUCCCAUAAGUCAGACUGGCCUGAUUGUUACAAGAAAUAAACGUGCUGAAAAGUUAACAGAGCUUGCUGGCAACCCCAGACAACAUACUGCUGCACUGAAGAAAUCUGUAGACAUGGCAUGCAACGGUGAACCAUCUCUCUUUAACUCUCUAAACCUAGCUCUGCAAACUCUUAAACACAUGCCAGGACACACAAGUCGUGAAAUUUUGGUGAUCUUUAGCAGCCUGACAACUUGUGAUCCAUCUAACAUUUAUGAUAUGAUAAAGAGUUUGAAGGCCAGCAAAAUUAGAGUAUCUGUCAUAGGUCUGUCUGCUGAAGUUCGUGUUUGCACUGUACUCACCCGUGAGACUGGUGGAACUUACAAUGUAAUACUGGAUGAAAGUCACUACAAGGAACUCCUGAUGCAACAUGUUAGUCCUCCACCAGCAAACAACAGCUCUGAGUGCUCUCUGAUCCGCAUGGGGUUUCCUCAGCAUACAAUGGCGUCCCUCACAGAUCAAGAUGCAAAGCCAUCAUUUAGUAUGGCGCACCUAGACAGUAAUACAGAACCAGUCCUGACCUUAGGAGGAUAUUUCUGCCCUCAGUGUAAAGCAAAGUACUCUGAACUCCCAGUGGAAUGCAAAGUCUGUCGUCUCACAUUAGUAUCUGCUCCUCAUUUAGCACGAUCGUAUCAUCACCUGUUUCCUUUAGAUGCUUUUAAAGAGAUUGCGUUAGAGGAAUUUGAAGGAGAAAGAAGCUGUCGAGGGUGUGAUGGAGAAUUGAAAGACCAACAUAUUUACAUUUGCACAGUUUGCCACAGUGUCUUCUGCAUAGAGUGUGACCUGUUUAUUCAUGAUUGUUUGCAUUGCUGCCCUGGUUGCAUUCACACACAACCCACCUCUGCUGGAGUAUGAAGACAGCUAACCAGAUCCCCUGCGUACAUUCCAUGCUGUACAAUGUUCUUCAUUCCUACAAGGAAUACAUUUAUUUUCUCCCAUUGGAGCUAAAAUGUGCUAUAGUAAGGACACUGCAUAUUUUGUUAUGUUUGUGUUCAUAAAGUUAUUUUUACAACCCCAUCAAUGGAAUACAGCAUAUUAAUAUUAUAUUAAAAUGGUUUCUAAUUGUAAGCUAAACAAUUCCGUUUAUGAAAAAUAAAUAUUUUUAAUUAAGAA